CCCUUCUCUACUACUCUCUUCUGUCCCGAAUCUCCAUAACCUCUACCAUCACCAUGCCCGAGCUACCUCAACACACUCCCGAAGUCACAUGGGCCCAGCGCUCCUCUGCGUCUGACCCCGAACGCAAUUACCUCUACGUGAACAUCAAGGCUGCUGAUGUGCCCCGGCCUGAUGCGAAGCUCGACAUUACUGCCAAAAAUGUCACAUUCUCCGGCCCCUCUAGGAAGGGCGUAACAUACACGGUCUCGCUUGACUUGUAUGCUGAGAUUGAACCCGAGAACAGCAAGGUGAACCACAGCGACCGCGACGUUGAGCUUGUCCUACGCAAGAAGGAACUGAAGGAGGAGUACUGGCCCCGUCUCCUCGAGACUUCCCAGAAGAUGCACUUCCUGAAGACCAACUUCGACAAGUGGGUGGAUGAGGACGAGCAGGACGAGGCACCAGAAGACGACUAUGCCAACAACUUCGGCGGGUUUGACCCCAAUGACCAGGGUGGCCUUGGCAACAUUGACUUCUCGAAACUUGGUGGUCUUCCCGGCGCCGGUGGCCCUGGCGGCGACUUCGGCGGCGAAGGAGAUGAGGAGGAUGAGGAAGAGAUGCCCGCACUCGAGGAGGCUGACGACAAGGCCGGUGAGAAGUCUUCCAAGAUCCAGGAGGUCUCGUAAACAUUGGUGCUUUUUGGAGAAUCUGGAGUUGGGGACGGGCAAGGGUUGGGCUUGCAGGAGGUUCGCCCUCCCAGUAUAACGGGCUUUCACGAUCAUCAGUACACUACUCAGUUGACACUCAGUAUCCGGGCUGAUUGCCGAUGCUUAAAUCUGCGUCCGGUCGAUUUUAGUGGCUCAAGGCGAAAUGCCUUCAAGCG